ACAAAUAAACGUCAAUCAAUCUGUGUCAUGUCGGCUGCCGGACGGUCGCGUCGCUGAUUAUUUUAAGGGUGUGUUUAUGGCGUGAUAAAUUAUUAUUUUGAACAAUAAGCAGUGUGAUUGAUAGACGUCUUGAUUUAUUCGUAAAUAGUGCUUAAUAUGUUGCGAGCUCUGUUAGAUAAAUUUUGGGAUGAGGAAGUGUGGUUGCCGCCGAAUACUACAUGGGAAGAUCUGGCACCGGGACCAGACAAAGACGUGGUUUACAAUGACUAUACGCACCUCUUCUACCCCCUGCCCUUGGCACUGGUGCUGAUAUUCCUGCGGCGCACUCUAGAGAAGUACUGGUUUGCACCUUUCGGCAGAUCAUUAGGCAUAAAAAAUACAAGACCAAAGAAAGCCCCAACUAAUCCCAAAUUGGAGGCUGCAUAUCAAGCAUCAUCAAAAAUUAAACAUAAGCAGUUCUUUUUGAACAAGGAUGAGAUAUGUGCGUUAGCAAAGCAGAUGGAUAUGACAGAGAGACAGGUGGAACGCUGGUGGCGUCUCCGCCGCAGCCAGGACAAGCCCUCGACCCUGGUGAAGUUCUGCGAGAACAUGUGGAGGACCACGUUCUACUUGUACAACUUCUCCUACGGUAUAUUCAUAUUGUGGGAUAAAGAGUGGCUGUGGGAUAUCGACCAGUGUUAUAUUGGAUAUCCUCAUCAGGGUCUCACCAGCGAUGUAUGGUGGCACUACAUGAUAUCGGCAGCGUUCUAUUGGUCGCUGACGAUCUCGCAGUUCUGGGACGUGCGGCGCAAGGACUUCUGGCAGAUGUUCGUGCACCACAUCGCCACCAUCCUGCUGCUCUCCUUCAGCUGGGUCUGCAACCUGCACAGGAUCGGCACCCUCGUCCUUGCCUUACACGACUGUGCUGACAUCUUCCUCGAUGCAGCUAAAGCAGCGAAGUACGCGAGCUACCAACGCCUGUGUGAUAUCAUUUUCACAGUGUUCACAGUGCUGUGGAUUCUCUCAAGACUUGUUAUUUAUCCGUUCUACAUUAUUUGGAGCACAUCGAUCCGGGCACCCAUGAUACUGCCGAUGUUCCCGGCGUACUACAUCUUCAACUCGCUGCUGUGUCUACUAUUAGGCCUGCACAUGGUGUGGACCUGGCUUAUACUGCAGGUCGCUUACAAAGCUAUUAGUGCUGGACAGAUGGAAGGUGAUAUUAGGAGUUCGAGUUCAGAAAUAAGUGACAGUUCGCACCAAUCUAACCACAGCACGCCGAAUCGUGUCAAUAAUAAAAAAGAGACAUAGGACCCGGCCGACCGUCCAGGCGAUGAGCCCAGCGUCCGCGGCCCCCGGCGGCCGCAAGCAUGACUAAAUCACUCCACGUUACGAGGUUGUAACUAGCUAUAUACAUAAAUAUAUCACUAAUAUUACGCGGGGCCACAUUUACGCUUUAUUAUUACGCUAGCUUUAUGACCGGUGCCUCUUUAGGUUAAAAAGAAUAUCUGUGUUCGAAAUUUAAAUGGCGUUUUCGAUAUUCAAAUAAAACGUGUUGUUUGGUAUUUCAAACUGAGUAACGUCGUUUUAAAAUGAACAGUCGAGUCGUUUAGAAACGCGGAUUUGAAAACAAUUGUUUUUCAAUGGCAGGAAUGGUGUUUUGGGAUAGUUUUAUGGGAAAUAGGGAAAAUAUCAAACAUGUUUCUAUUCUUUUUAUCAUUCAUGAUUAUAUUCCAAAUAAUGAGAGUUCUCUCCUUAGUUUAAAUAAUAGCUACGCAUAUCUAGAUACUCCAAAGUAUCUCCAAUGUAUGAAAUUUCAAACACAUACGUAAAUUACUUGUACUAUAAUGAAAGUCGAGUGAUAAUAUUUAACAUAUCGAUAUCUUAGUUUGCAAAUUAAACACAACGAAAACGGUUAUUCUAUGUUACCAAGGCAUAAAGGAAAAGUUAAGGGAUUGAUAAUAAAUAUAUGUAAUAAUGUUAAUAAUAUAGGCACAAAUAGUUCAGUAGUGUGGCCCCAAAAUGUUCGUCCUGUUGUGUUGUUCAUUCGUUCAUGAAUGAUUCGAGCUAUAUCUAAGUCCGUAUUUAUAAACACGUGAGAUUUCUAAGUAUUGAUAGACGUAACGAUUUUUCGGGUUAAUGAUGUCAGCAUUUUUAUCGAUAUCGAUAUUUUUUUACAUGGCGGCGACAUUCGAUAUUUUCUUGUCGAUAAAUAUGUUCACAUCUCUAUGCAAGUACAUAUAAUUGUGUAUGUGACGACUGAAUUAGAUUGAAUAUUUUAAUUUUUUUGAAUGCUCUUAUGUUUUCUUUUAAUACAGAUUCUAAUUCAGUCAUUAAACAUAGAAAAAGUUUAUUGCUAAUGCUAUUUACAAGAUGCUUGUCGAUGAAUUCUGUUAUUUAAAAAAAACAAGGCAAGUGGUUUAAUAAUUUUUACUAAGUGAAUUGACAUAUUAUUGACUCCAUAUUACGUGAAAAAUACGCGCGUACGUACGUUACCCAUAAAGAAAAAUAUUUAUGACCUCUAUGGUGCUGAACAAAAUAUAUCAUUUAUUUAAGCAUUUAUUUUAUGAUAGCAGAAAUAAGUACUUACGUAUCAGCUGUGUGCGAGGAUGAUUUUCCUUUAUUUUGUUUUCAAUAACUGAAGUAUUUUAAUUUUAUUUUUUCUUCCUUUGUUGUAAGCUUAUGUAGUUUCCAGUAGUUGCCUUUUUGUGUAACUUGUGUUUUUUUAAAAGAGAAAAAUAAAUAGUUUUUCGCAUGAUUAACGAUCUUAAUACAGAAGUUCUGAAGUGAAUGAAUCAUGCGUGAAGUAAUUUUAUGUAGUCCUACAUUGAUUAUGAUUUCUAAGUUCAUGUGUCUCAAAAAUAUUAACAAAAAUGGGACAAUUGAGUUCUUUUAUGCCUAUUUUAUAAGCUUAAAACGUGUUCCUUUUAACGUCUUAAUCUUUUUUUUUUUUACUCAGAUCAUAUGAAACACGAAUUUGUCUUAACACAAUAAGGCAUAUUAUUCCCUGUUGCCAUUCUAAAAGUCACAAUACUUAGGUCGCUAAUAAUGAAUAAUUGGUACUAUUUUUACGAUAAUUAAGGAUACUUAAAUCGUGUUAUCGUCGUGCUUUGGCAGGCAGGUGGUUGUUUUAAGCGAGAACAAUACUUUAAGCUUAUGAUAAAUUGAAGUUACAUAUUACAGUAAGUACACUAUUUAUUGGGGGACCAUACAGUUGGAUCAUAUUGAUUUAUAAUACUGUCUGUUAUCCAAAUUGCUUAAUAUAUUGACAGCCAGCAACGUACAUUAUCGAUUCUAAAAGUUGUGAUUAUUCUUUGAUUAUUUAGAUGCUUUUUUUAACAGUUUGUACUGAAGUAAGAGUGUGAUUGUUUUACAUGUCUGUCUAUUUAGACUCGGUUUUUACCGAGUCGUGAAAGUUAAGGUGUUUACAAGACAGACCAGAGAUGUGUAGGCAUGCGUGCUUGAAUUUGCGUAUAUGCAGGUCAACUGUCUUUGUGCGUUUUUUUCAAAACAACUUCCAUUUAUCAUGUUGUCAGAAAAAACGAAAUAAAAACUAUCUGGGAUACUUUCAUACUAUGUCUCGUCCGUAAAUGCCGAAAUAGUAAAUUA